AAAAGAAUCAAAAAAUUAAAAACGUCGGCUAACUUUAGUAUUAUUUUUAAUUUAAUUUGAAUAACCCGCGUAAAUAAGAGCGGGUUGGCAAGACUGUCGGAAAAUUCGGAUAGUGAACAGGUGUUUUUUGGAUUUACACUCACACGGACAAUAAUACAAACACACUAGCGCAAAUCGAAUAUCUGUAUGCAUAUAAAUCUUAAGCUUAGUACAAAUACAGACUAAGCGAGACCGAGAUCCUGAGUGUUGGAAAAAAUAAUAUAAGCUUGCUUUCAUUUUAAUUGGUGGUUUAUUCUAUUUUAACUAUUUAAAACUGACGUUUUAUUAAAGACCCGCAUCAUGAGAGCUACAAUUAUGGAGUUAUUGUCAUUUAACUGAGUACAUAUUUAAUAAUAACAGAUUCGUGAUGUACCGGUGGGCAAGUGAAAGCAGUAAGGUCGUGUUAUGAGGACAAGAAGAAAGAGAAAGAAGAGGUGGUAAUAAAGCCCUGGUCAUCGUCAUUGUCAAGGCCGCUGGGAAAACAAUAGCAAACAAAGAUUAUUUAUUAAAAAGAUGCCUCAUCAAUUUGGUUUACCAGCCAUGGCCCACGGAAUGCAAUCGCCACCCUCGCCGACAGCUGUUAUGUCGGCAUACCCACGUUACAGCUCAACUGUUUACCGAGCAGAUCAUCAAGAUCAGCGGUUAACACGCGAAGCCAUGGAACGGUAUCUGCGCGAUCGCAGUGAUAUGGUUAUCGUUAUUCUUCACGCCAAAGUUGCUCAAAAAUCAUACGGUAAUGAGAAGCGUUUUUUCUGUCCACCGCCCUGUAUAUAUUUAUUUGGCGAUGGCUGGAGAAUGCGCCAGGAGCAGAUGCUCAGAGAAGGCGAGAGCGAGCAAUCAGCUCAGCUCUGCGCGUUUAUUGGGAUCGGUAAUUCCGAUCAAGACAUGCAGCAGUUGGAUCUCAAUAAUGGCAAACAGUAUUGCGCUGCUAAGACACUCUACAUAUCAGACUCCGACAAGAGAAAGCACUUUAUGCUGUCGGUCAAGAUGUUUUACGGUAGUGGACAUGACAUUGGCGUUUUUCACAGCAAGAGAAUAAAAGUCAUCUCCAAGCCGUCGAAAAAGAAACAGUCAUUGAAAAAUGCAGAUUUGUGUAUUGCUAGCGGUACUAAAGUCGCUCUUUUCAAUCGAUUACGUUCGCAAACUGUAAGCACGCGUUAUUUGCAUGUUGAAAAUGGAAAUUUUCACGCAAGCUCGACACAAUGGGGUGCAUUUACCAUCCAUCUGCUGGAUGACAAUGAGAGUGAGUCAGAAGAAUUCCAAGUUCGUGACGGAUACGUCCAUUAUGGGAGUACUGUUAAGCUCGUGUGCUCAGUUACAGGGAUGGCAUUACCGCGUCUAGUUAUUAGGAAGGUAGAUAAACAAAUGGCGAGCCUCGAGGCUGAUGAUCCGGUAUCUCAGCUCCACAAAUGUGCGUUCUACAUGAAAGACACCGACCAUAUGUACUUGUGUCUGUCUCAGGAGCGAAUUAUCCAGUUCCAAGCAACACCCUGCCCUAAAGAAGCUAACAAAGAGAUGAUUAACGACGGCGCUUGUUGGACAAUCAUCAGUACUGAUAAAGCAGAGUAUCAAUUCUUCGAAGGAAUGGGUCCGGUACGCUCACCAGUUACUCCUGUACCAUUAGUUCACAGUCUUCAUCUAAACGGCGGUGGAGAUGUUGCGAUGCUGGAACUUAAAGGUGACAAUUUCACCCCAAAUUUGCAAGUUUGGUUUGGAGAUGUUGAGGCUGAAACAAUGUACAGGUGUCAGGAAAUAAUGCUGUGCGUUGUGCCUGACAUUUCUUUAUUCCGCGGUGAGUGGCUCUGGGUACGCCAGCCUACUCAAGUUCCCGUUUCUCUUGUUCGUAAUGACGGGAUUAUUUAUGCCACUGGUCUGACCUUCACGUAUACCCCAGAACCUGGGCCCAGGCCACACUGUCCACCGGCUGAUGAAAUUAUGAGAGCCCCACGAGCCAUGCCGCAUCAUAAUCAAGCAAGUAUGCCACCAGCCAUCGCUGAUGUACCUUGGAAUUCUCAUCAUCCUCCCACACAGCCUGGUCUUUGAUACUCUAAUGAUUUUUAUACGGACAAUCAAUCCGAAUCCAUAUCAAAUAUUUCCGUCGAGGAGUACGAUACUGAUUUUAAUUAUCGUAAUCAUAAUAAUUCUUGCCUUGAUGAACAACGAACUGUUGAUUCUUCAUUCGACGAGGAUCAACUGUGUAAUUAUCGCGAACGGUCGCGUUGAGCUUAAAAUUUAUAAUUUAUUUUGUAGUGAUUUUAUGUGGACAAUAUUAAUGUUAGAACUCUAAGAAAUAUUUGUGUAAUAAUUUAUGGUAGUCAGGCAUAAGACUGUAGGAAUUUGAAAAAAAAAAAUUAUAUUAAUGAUUGUGAGUGUAAAAAGACUUCGUGGACUUUUUUAUAAGUUUUGUAUGUGACAAGUGGACUUUUCGUUUACAGAAAAAUAAUUUAGAGGUUUUAAUAUGGAAUUAAGUAUAGUUUAUAAUUAAAAAUUAAAAAAAAAAAAAAAAUAGUAUU